AUGUAUCAAAAUUUUCAACAACUGAAAACUGGUUCAAAUGCUUUACAAUUAGAUAUUACUGAAUCAUCGUCAUCCAAUAUCAAACGUCAUAUUGAUAAUGAAGUUACAAUCACUGUAGAACAUGAAACGAGACGAAAAAGAAAAAUUCCGAAUAGUUCUUCGACAGUACCAGAUGAUCUUAGAAAACAGAAAGAUCGUCAUGGUCUUUGUGGUCUUAAAAAUCUUGGUAAUACAUGUUUUAUGAACAGUGCUAUUCAAUGUCUGAGUAAUGUAUCUCAACUAAAGAAUUUCUUCUUAUCCGAUUAUUGGCAUCAAAUGAUAAACCAUAAAAAUCCAUUAGGUACACAAGGUCAAGUCGCCCAAGAUUAUGCUGAUCUCAUGUCUGAUAUGUGGUUAUCAAAUAAAAAUAGUAUAACACCGAAACGAUUGAAAACAAGUGUGGCCAACUUUGCUGAAAUAUUCACUGGAUAUAGUCAACAAGAUGCACACGAAUUUAUGCAUUUUCUUUUAGAUGCUCUUCAUGAAGAUUUAAAGGAUGACACUAAUGAUUCAUCGCCAAUAUCGAAGCUUUUUUAUGGUCGAACAAUUUCAAUAAUAACAUGCGUGAGCAAAAAACGUCAUGUGGAACAAGUGGAAGAUCUUUUCACAUAUCUGCCUCUGACAAUACCUACUGAACAACCUUUAACCGUCCAGCAAUGCCUCACUAAUUUGUCUGCCGUACAGAUAGCUUCGUCAAAUAGCGAAUGGUUCUGUUCUAAAUGUAGAAAAAAGCGUCAAUCCAAAAAACAAAUGUAUUUGUUUGAUUUACCACGUGUAUUAAUUCUGCAAAUCAAACGUUUUAAUUACGGUACCCAAUCAACAACAAAAAUAACCAAAUUUGUUCAAUAUCCACUUGAGCUUAAUCUUACUCCGUUUAUCAUUAAAGGUCAAAAUUUGCAAGAAAUGAUUUAUGAUCUAAUUGCUGUUUGCCUUCAUACUGGUUCACUUUCGGGUGGUCAUUACUUUACAUAUGCCAAACAUGAGCGAAAUGAUCAAUGGUAUUGUUUUAAUGAUUCAUCUGUUACUCUUCAACAGCAAGAUAUAAUUAAUCAAAAUGCUUAUAUUCUUCUGUACAAACAGAGAUAA